GGUGCGAUAUUGCUGCGCAAAGGCAAUUAAAGUCUUGCCGAAGUCUACCCACACACGCUCACAAUGUAGGAAGCGCUCUCUGAAAACAGAAGACUACUACCACACACACUGCUUACCAGUGACUGAUAUUAUUUGCUUCCAUCUUCGGAGUGUUGAUGGUAAUCUGAUUAAUUGGGGGAAUUUGGGUAUUGAGCAUGGAUGGCUGCUAUCCCCCAGAAAGCGAAAGGAUGGAAGCGUGGCUUGAUGACCACUUGGAGUUCGCUCAUUCCUACUUUGUCAGGAAGGCUACAAGGGAGAUGGUGAAUGCAUGGUUUGCUGAGCGAGUCCAUUCCAUCCAGCCCUCCUCCUCCUCCUCGUCAUCCUCCAAAGAAACCCUUCUACCCCAGAGACUCACCCAGCCCUCAGACAGCCCCUGCCUAGCCUCCUCUCUGCCCCCUUCCCUGGGCCUGAACGACAGGCGUUCCCCCUCCCAGCCCUCAGACAGCCCCUGCCUAGCCUCCUCCCUGCCCCCUUCCCUGGGCCUGAACGACAGGCGUUCCCCCUCCCCAGCCCCGCUCCCCAGCCCCGCUCCCAGCACCCCCACCCGCAAGAUCUCUGCAUCUGAGUUUGACAGGCCGCUGAGGCCCAUCGUGGUCAAGGACGCGGAAGGCUCACUAACCUUCCUCUGCGACACCGAACCCGACCGAGGCGACAUCCGGACACCCUUCAGAACCCAGCAGAGAGGGGUCGGGGUUGGUAUCCCCACAGGGAUGAUGGGCGAGGUUGGCAGUGCCCGGGGGUUGGACCGCUGUGCCAGGCUGUUGGAGCUGGUGAGGGAUGUGUCGAGUCACCUGGAAGUGACGGCGCUGUGCCACAAGAUCUUCCUGCACAUCAACGAGCUGAUCACUGCGGACCGCUACUCCCUCUUCCUGGUGGGCGAGGACAGCUCCAACAGGAAGUUCCUGGUGAGUAGGCUAUUUGACGUUGCCGAGGGCUCCACCCUGGAGGAGGUGUCCAAUAGCUGCAUCCGUCUGGAGUGGAACAAGGGCAUUGUGGGUCACGUGGCGGCCACGGGCCAGCCCCUCAACAUCAAGAAUGCCUACGAGGACCCCAGGUUCAAUGCAGAGGUGGAUCAGAUCACAGGCUAUAAGACGCAGAGUAUCCUGUGUAUGCCCAUUAAGAACCACAGAGAAGAGGUGGUAGGAGUGGCACAGGCCAUCAACAAGAAGUGUGGAGAGAAUGGGACUUUCACUGAACAGGAUGAAAAGGACUUCUCUGCCUACCUGGCCUUCUCCGGGAUCGUCCUACACAACGCCCAGCUCUACGAGACGUCCCAGCUGGAAAACCGACGCAAUCAGACUUCUCUACUAAUAGCAUUAGCUAGGCCACAUCACCCGCUGGGCUGGCAUGUCUCUCUCUCUCUCUCCUCUCCCUCAUUUUUGCUGGGCUGGCAUGUCUCUCUCCCUUCGUCUCCCUUCGUAGUCAGUAAUGGCUGCCAUAAGGUAAAUAACCGUUGUGGUGGUUGUAUGUUCCAGAACUCUUUCUCCAGCGUGUUUCACAUGGAAUAUGAGGACCUGGGAGAGGCCAUGGACACCCCCAAAAGGGACUGUGACGUGAGUCAGAUAAACUACAUGUACGCCCAGUAUGUAAAGAACACCAUGGAGCCUCUGAACAUCUCUGACGUCACCAAAGACCAGCGCUUUCCCUGGACGAGUGAGAACCCAGAGCACCCCAGUAACCAGAUCAAGAGUUUGCUCUGUACGCCUAUCAGGAAUGGGAAGAAGGAUAAAGUUAUAGGUGUGUGUCAGUUGGUGAACAAGAUGGACGAGGCGUCGGGGAACGUGAAGUCCUUCAACCGGAACGACGAACAGUUCCUGGAGGCCUUCGCCAUCUUCUGUGGCCUGGGUAUACAGAACACCCAGAUGUAUGAAACAGUGGAGAGAGCCAUGGCCAAACAGGAGGUCACACUGGAGGUCCUUUCGUAUCACGCCUCUGCUGCAGAGGAAGAGACGCGGGCGCUGCAGGUAACUGCGGUGGCCACUGUUCCGUCGGCCCAGUCUCUGCGCCUGAUGGAGUUCAGUUUCAGUGACUUUGAGCUGUCCGACGCUGAGACCACUCAGGCCACCAUACGCAUGUUUGUAGACCUCAACCUGGUCCAGAACUUCCAGAUGAAAUACAAGUCUGUGCAGUGGAUCCUGAGUGUUAAGAAGAACUAUAGGAAGAACGUGCCUACACACUGGAGACACGCCUUCAACACCUCCAGUGCAUGUUUCGCCUUGUUCAAAUCUGGUCGGUUACAGAGUAAUAUGACUGAUCUGGAGACCCUGGCCUUGAUGAUCGCCACUCUGAGUCACGACCUGGACCACAGAGGGGUCAACAACUCCUACAUACAGAGGAGUGACCAUCCCCUGGCCCAGCUCUACUGCCACUCCACCAUGGAGCACCACCACUUUGACCAGUGUCUCAUGAUCCUCAACAGCCCAGGGAAUCAGAUUCUAAGCAGCCUGUCUCUGGAUGAGUACAAGGCCACUCUGAAGAUGAUCGAGAGGGCUAUUCUGGCAACGGACCUGGCUCUGUACAUGAAGAGGAGAGGAGAGUUCUUUGAGCUGACCAAGAACAGCCAGUUUGUCUGGGACGAUGACUACCAUAAAGACUUACUGAGGUCAAUGCUGAUGACUGCAUGUGACAUCUCUGCCAUUACCAAGCCCUGGCCAGUACAGAAGAGGAUAGCCACGCUGGUGGCUACAGAGUUCUUUGAGCAAGGGGACAAGGAGKGAGAACUCAACAUUGAGCCCAUAGAUCUGAUGAAUCGGGACAAGCAGGAUAAGAUUCCGAGCAUGCAGGUGUCGUUCAUUGAUGCCAUCUGUACACAGCUGUAUGAGACCCUGGCCAGUAUGUCUGAGUCCUGUUCCCCACUACUCGAGGGCUGCCAGAAGAACAGACAGAAUUGGAAGAUUCUGGCUGAACAGGGUGACAAAGACUUCUUCAACGGCGCGGUGUAGACCUGUUUAACGUCGUUCCUCCAUCCCCACUAUCACUCCAUCCCUCCACCACCCUGAGAAGAACAACAUCCCCAC